AUGCACGGGGCGAGGCAAGUCCAUAGUGCCCUUGCAGAGUACGCACUUGCGCUUGAUCAAAGGCCCUGGCAUUCUCACAUUGAGUGGCAGAAAGAUGCUUUCAUCUGCCCGUUUGUCGCCUUCACGAAUGCCUGCACUGGCGGCACAGGUGGUGAAACGGCGCAGCUUUGUGAGCUGCGUACUCGAGCCUGGGAAAGUGUCUGUAAAGUGUGCGUAAACUGUGUAUAUUCUGUGUGUAUUCUGGAGAUGCGCAGGGCGAGGCCAACGCAUAGUGCCCUCGCGAAAUGCGCGGCAAGCGUGAAGCUUGCAAGGUUGCAGCACGUCGCCAGCUGGCCCUGA